AGCUGAUCUAUCGCUCAGCACAAUGCCUCGCCCUCCUGGGUCAUUGGCAGCACGGCGAGCACGCAUGUCUUGCUCUAUCUGUGCAUCCAUGAUAGCUCUCUGCAUCUCUAGUCUCCCUACGUCGUCCCGCGUAAAACCGCGCUUCCGCAUCACCGUCCGUGCAACUUCGGUAAUGUGAACCGCCUCGGACAGCCCGAGGCGUGCUGCCAAUGCAUUGCAUAGGGUGGUUUUCCCCGUAGAGGAUGGACCGAUAAUGUAAACCGCAGCGACGUUUUGAGAGUCUGUAGAGCUCAUCAUGUGCAAGUGGGUGACUGCUGCGCAUCUUCUAUCCUCCAUCUAUCUCCCAUCUCUGCUGUACCGCCUGCUACCCUCUGGAUGGCAUCCCGCUUCACUCUGCGCGAUGGUGUCUCUCCUGACGACGCUUCUUGGUCCUUCACCAACGUACCUUCCAACCUUUUGAAGUCUCCCACUGUGGCUCAUGCAAGAGCACCAAGGGGAAAGCUCGUUAUCUUCGCUCCCGAAAAAAUAACUCUGGAACUUGCUGAGUUCCCGAGCAAUCGUAUACUCUAUAACGAUGAUCCUUCGGAAUUCGUGCUCGCGUCUUUUGAAAAGCUCAGGUUUCCAGAUACAAAACCCUCUGUUGCUGCAGAGUACAAAAUACGACUCUUCAAAGCAGGUCUCUUCCUGAAUGGGGCUCAGUACCGGUUCUACGGCCACAGUAACAGCCAGCUCCGAGGUCGUAGCUGCUUCUUGCGGAGAGCAAACAAUGACAAGGAAUUAGAUGACCGUUUGUAUGCAAUGGGCGAUUUUCAGAAAAUCAUGAACGUCGCAAAGCGUGCCAAGCGCAUCGGUCUCUUAUUUUCCGGAGCUCAGGUCGAUUACAUUCUAGAUCCCAAAUACGUUGGAGACAUCGACGAUAUCAAGACUGGAGAUGAGAACUUUUCCGAUGGCUGUGGUCUGAUCUCUGAAAGAUUAAGUAUGCAAGUAAGCAGGGCAAAAAAAAUCAUCCAUCAAGGCAAGCCAUAUACGCCAUGCGUAUUUCAAAUCAGGUUUGGCGUGGUCAUGCUGCAUCCUGAUCUGGACAAAGCAAGAAAGAACUUUGUCGAAUUUAGGAAGAGUAUGAAGAAGUUCAAUGCAACAGUUGAUCAUAUAUUCUCUGUCGUCAAUUAUUCUGCGCCAUACACUUUUGGCAGACUCAAUAACGAGAUCGUUAUUCUCCUUUCCAGCCUAGGCAUCUCGAACCAAGCUUUAUUGGCGAAGCAACAGGAGUACUUCGAUUGGGUUGAAAAAGCGUCUUCUGACCCCAUAGCCGGUUUCGAGUUUUUGUCUGGUAUGGGGAGGCAGAUUUCGGCGGAGCGAGUCCUUCUUGAGGGAAUCGAUUCUCCUAAUAUAGCCAAGGAGAUCAAGUCUCUCCAGAAAGCCGAGGUUGCCUCUGUUCACAAGGACGGAGAUGCCAACAAGGAGAGAGUCCGAAUGGUUGUACGCAAGUCUCGUCGCCUAUUUGGCGUCUGCGACCCUUUCCGAGUCCUUCGUGAAGGACAGGUUCAUGUCAGGAUCACUGUUUCUCGGCUUGGAUCAUCUACGUUGAAAGGCCUUGAUGUCAUCGUCGUUCGAAAUCCUUGUUUACAUCCUGGUGAUAUACUCAAACUCAGGGCAGUCGAUCAUCCUCAGCUCGCGCACCUAGUCGACUGUGUUGUAUUUCCAUCAGUAGGGAAAAGAGCGGCACCCUCUAUGAGUUCGGGCGGCGAUCUUGAUGGUGAUGAAUAUUUUGUCUGUUGGGAUCCAAGUUUGGUGCCCUCGAAAGUUUCCGAGUCAUACACGUAUCCACCUAAUAGGGAAUGGGUGAACCCAAAGGUCACUCGUGAAGACCUUGCCAGGCAUUUUGCAGCAUAUAAUAACUCCGGAAUGGCUAAUGCUGCGAAAUAUCAUAACCGAUGGGCUCGUUACGCCGAUAAUAUCGCGUUGAGCAAGGAAUGUCAAGAGUUAAACGCACUCUACUCGCAGGCUGUUGAUGGCGCCCGAAUCUCGAUACCGCCUCGACUUACCAAGGCCCCUGAACCUAAGGAAGAUUUCGUCUUAACUGUUCUCUUCUCUGCGGUAAAGCAGUUCAGCGAGCAUUUCCUUCAGAAACCCGAAAACAUGACGCCGUCCCAACUCAGCCGCAGCGAUGCUGAGGAAUUGAUUCACCGAAUUUUAUCUGCCGAAGAAACAACGCUCUCUGAGUAUAAGCUCGUCAACUUGGCCCGCUCGAUUGCUCGCAAGCACGAGAUCGAUUUCCGCCAAUAUAUUUCUCAUAUCAAUUUCGGCGCAUUGCUUGCACAUGAGAAAUACGAACUUGCCGCAUAUCUGGGCUCCACACCCGCGAAUGAGCCAUAUAUAUGGAACAGUCUCCUGCGGUCUGACAUAGUGACAGCAUCCGAAUUGGCGGACAAGAAGCUCGGAGGUUUGCUGCGGCUUCAGCGUCUGUAUUCGUCAAAAUUACAAGGCUUGUAUGCAUUCUUCGAAUAUAUGGAGCGUUCCUUUAGGGAGUUUACAAGGAAAAUCGUUAUCAUGAAGAUUGACGGACGAUUCUCGGUCGCAAUCUUUCUACGAGGAGACAUUCCGUGGGAUGAUGAUGUGCCUGUGAAUGGCCAGAAUGUUGUGGUCGCAUCCUUCAUGAAGGACACCGCUGCCAGUGUCCCCGUAUAUAAGCCCUGCACAGACGGCUUCCGCCUUCAUUGCAGCAACGGAAAUUUUCAAUUAUUCAACCAAGAGCGCGCUAAUACGUUUAUCUUCGUAACUCGGCCGCCAGUCAAUUCUGGCGAGGAGAUCAAAACAAGCAUUGCUUUGCAACAAAUUUCAGCACGAGUGCAGCGUCAAGUUGGGCGAAUCAAUAGGACCGCUGUUGUUUCCAUUGAGAUACACGUAGUAUCCAAUCGCGAUCGAGUCGCCACCCAACUUUUUGACAUGCGUUUUGAACACGUGGAGACCGAAGAAUUUAUCAGACGACUCGCCCACGAGAACAGUACAUUUCAGCCGAAUACGCUGCAAAACGCUGAUUGGGAGUCCCUUCCGAACGAGCAUCGAAUGGUUUUCUACGAGUCAGAGUUUAAGGUCAAGGAGUAUCUUUCCGGGCAACCUCUGGAUGCCUUGGACGAAUGUGCUGAAUUCGCCUGGAGAUACCACGCUGAUCACCAGCUGUUCUGGAUCUUCGAUGCCAUUAUCUCUCCAGUCCCUCUCAAUCUCCCUUAUGUCGAGAACUGGGUGGAUCGAGAGCCUCUCCUUGUCUUCUCUGUGCUGAAAAAGUUCGUUCCAUCUGAGACGGGCUUCCUUCAUGAGCAUACCUCUUCGCUUGGACGGCUCAUUACAAAACAGAUCAUCCGCUCUGCGAACAUUGUCGGCAUAGCGUCCCUGGUUGCACUGGAAAAGAUCAAAGGCACGAUCGCUACACUCAAUAUUGUACAUUACCUCGAGCUCCUCGAGCUUGCCGCUAUGUCUGUCCGUUCACCAGAGCUUGUACAGGAAAUCCUCCUCGUUCUACACGAAUGCCGGGAGAUAACUCGGAGCACCUCAGCAUCACUAGCUCAUAUUCAUCAGCACGCACUGGCUAUUGCAUGUGACCGUGCUGAAGAAGCUGGAGACGAAUGUCCCUGCGAUGAGAAUGGGAGGCCGAGAAAGCAGCACAUAGCGCCUGCGCUAGUACCUCUUUUUCCAGUCGAAGGAAAGUUGUCGGAGGCCGUCGCUCACAUCCGCGUUGAUGCACCAUCUGCUAUUCGAUUACAUUCUCAUGUUCGCCUUCGUGCUGCCUCUAAACCCGAGAAAGGACACGUUGAACCGUCUGUCCUUGACGCUAUUGUGCUCGAAGCUAACGCAGGAGAAGUCAAACUUUUAUUAAUCCACACACCUCCGCCAGAGUACGUGCAGAUGCAGUGGUAUAUAUAUAAUGCAGGCAGCGUCGCAACCUUCAAAGCCAUGAUGAGUGCCAUCCACAGGCUUGCUACGGAGGGCGCUGAGUGCUGCCGUUUUCACCAUAUUAUUACUGCACCUAAAGGGCCGCCCGAAUUGAGUAGCCAAAGCCAAGAGCCUGAGGACGUCGCCUCUGAAGCUAGUGUUCAGGAAGUUUCAUCGGGCGACGAGGACGGUGGGCUUAAUCCAAGUCAGAGGGCGGCAGUUCUGUCGAGCGAUGCCACCCAACUGUCAUUGAUCUGGGGGCCUCCUGGCACAGGCAAGACUACAGUAGUCGUUCAAAUCUUGAAACGCCUGAUCAAGAAUUCAACGGAGAAUUCUAGGAUAUUGAUGACUGCUUCUACUCACAAUGCCGUGGAUAACGUCCUGGAAAGGUUUUUAAGAAUCAAUGAAAAGGAGCAGAUCAUAGCUCCAGAACAAAUAUUGCGUGUAGCUACCGACAGUUUCAAAGUCAAUCAGGCGCUACGAAGUUACACGGUUGAAAGCCGUGUGGGAGGGGAAAUCAACCGCGAUUCUAGGAGGCGCGAAAAAGCGGAGAAGUUGGUAAAAGGAGCACAUAUCGUCUUUACAACCUGCGCAGGUGCUGGGCUAGGUGUUCUGCGAUCAGUUGACUUCGACAUCGUCCUCAUCGAUGAAGCCUCCCAAGUUACCGAGGCGGUAGCCCUCAUUCCUUUGGUCAAAGGCUGUAAGAAAGCAAUACUCGUGGGAGAUCACGUUCAACUGAGGCCUAUGGUGCGGCCUCUUGGUCGAGCUCUCCAAUAUGACGUGUCCCUAUUCGAACGUCUGUACACAGGCAACUCGAUGAACGGAAUGUCACGCACGAUGCUGGAUGUCCAGUACCGGUUCCCCGAAGGUCUAGCUUGUUUCCCUUCGACCGAGUUUUACAACGGCAAGCUGAAGACAGGUGUCCGAGAUGCCCACGAGCUGCUGAAAAAUCUUCUUCGAUCACAGUUUCCAUGGCCUCAGGUAGCUGGAAAGACGAAGCCAGCCGUAUUCAUUCCUUGUUCCACGGAAGAAGACUACGGCGGAAGGUCGAAGAGCAAUGAGGGUCAAGCGCAACUCGUCAAACAUAUAGUAAAGUUGCUCACUACCAGCCACGAUGGGGAUAAUGACGGGCAUUUAUCCGACGCUCCUAGCAUUGUCAUUCUGUCUCCUUACACCAAGCAGACAAAAUUGUUGAAAAACACGCUACCUCCUUCCACACCAAGCUUUACAAUUGAUUCAUUUCAAGGCCGGGAGAGCGACAUCAUCAUCUUCUCGACCGUGCGGUGCAAUGCCGGUGGUGAGGUAGGAUUUGUCGAGGAUGCGCGCAGGCUUAACGUCGCCUGGACACGUGCGAGGCUGGCGUUGAUUGUGGUAGGAGAUCGGAGAACCAUGACAGGUAGUGUGGGGCUAUGGAAGAGGGCGAUUGAAGCGUGCGUUGAGGUUCAGAUACCUAUGUCAGAUUGA